GAGAGAGACAGAGACAGAGAGACAGAGAGACAGAGAGAUCUGCCCUAUCUGGUUAAAAUCAAUACCUAGAAUGUCAGAAACUAAAUUGUAGAGAGAGUAUGAAAUUGAAUGCAACCAUAGGAAAUACCAAAUGUAGUCUCCUCAGACAUUUUCUGGGAUAUGCCACACUCCUGAAGUGAGAUGCCUUAUUGGAGGAAUUGGAACGCUGCACCUUUCAGGACAGUGAGGAAUAUUCAAAUCCAGUUUCUUGUCACCUGGAUCAGCAAUCCACAGAGGAGAGCAAGAUUCCCCAAACUCCAAAGACCUUGUCAUCGCAGGGUAACACAAGUCCCUUGAAGGUGCAGCUCGUGUAUGCAACCAAUAUCCAGGAGCCCAAUGUCUACAGUGAGGUCCAAGAGCCAAAGGAAUCAGUCCUGCCUCCCAAAACCUCAGCAGCUGCUCAGUUGGAUGAGCUCAUGGCCCACCUGAGUGAAAUGCAGGCCAAGGUUUCAGUGAAAGCAGACACCAGCAGGAAACCCUUGCCAGACCAGCAGGAUCACAAGGCAUCUCUGGACUCAAUGCUGGGGGACUUGGAACAGGAACUACAAGAUCUUGGGAUUGCCACAGUCCCCAAGGGCUACUGUGCUUCCUGCCAGAAGCCAAUUGCUGGGAAGGUGAUCCAUGCUCUGGGGCAAUCCUGGCACCCAGAGCACUUUGUCUGCACUCACUGCAAGGAGGAGCUCGGCUCCAGUCCCUUCUUUGAGCGGAGUGGCCUGGCCUACUGCUCAAAAGACUACCACCGCCUGUUCUCUCCACGCUGUGCCUACUGUGCUGCUCCCAUCACAGAUAAAGUGCUGACAGCAAUGAACAAGACAUGGCACCCAGAGCACUUCUUCUGCUCUCACUGUGGAGAGGUAUUUGGUGCAGAAGGCUUUCAUGAGAAGGACAAGAAGCCAUACUGCCGAAAGGAUUUCUUAGCCAUGUUCUCACCCAAAUGUGGUGGCUGCAACCGCCCAGUGCUGGAAAACUACCUUUCAGCCAUGAACACUGUCUGGCACCCAGAGUGCUUUGUGUGUGGGGACUGCUUCAGUAGUUUUUCUUCUGGCUCCUUCUUUGAACUGGAUGGCCGUCCUUUCUGUGAACUCCAUUACCAUCACCGCCGAGGGACCCUCUGCCAUGACUGUGGGCAGCCCAUCACUGGCCGUUGCAUCAGUGCCAUGGGACAUAAAUUUCAUCCUGAGCACUUCGUGUGUGCUUUCUGCCUGACACAGCUGCCGAAAGGCAUCUUCAAGGAGCAGAACAACAAGACCUACUGUGAAAAAUGCUUCACUAAGCUCUUUUCACAGUAGUUCUCCUUUGACUCACAUCUGCUUCAUGUUGCCUAUAAAACUGAGGCCAAGAUAGGAAAGAGCAUAGAUUCUGUCCCCAGCCUUCUGUUCAGUGGGCUAAUGGAGUACAAACGGGCCUUUGUAGAUGUUACUAGGCAUAUACCUUCAUUUUGAAGAUGCUUCUCAUUACUUUUUAAUUAUAUAUUUAGAUUUAGAUCAUGCUAUCAAGAGCCUCUGAAGGUAUAUUUCUUAUGUGCACAGUUCUUUCCACUGCUGGUUUUCUCUUUCUCACCUUUGACCUCUGCUGAUGCUCCAUUCAAAUCUUCAGAUGUGGGCCACAGGGUUUUACUCUCUCUUUGCUGUCAGGGGUCACGCAAUAGUCUUAAACCCUUAGUGUCUCUGCAUUUUGCUUUUUAAGCGGAAGUGUAUUUUUACUGACACAUGUGAUGAAUAAAGCAGCUUGUGGUUUUGGUGA